GUUGUUCCAUUGAUGACCUUAGUAUAUCAGACCACGUUGGUGCCGAUCAUGGCGAGACUUCUGGCACCAUUACUCUUCUCUGCAAGUGGGCAUCCUGCUACUCAGCUCUCAAAAUGACAACGCCAGAGAAGGAUAGCGUUGUAGAGAUCGAAUAUGCUGGCAAAGAUGGCAAAGACGUACUGGCAGAGAACCGCACAGGAGGCGAUGUCAACCUUAUCGACCAGAAUGGACAAGUGCGACGUAUUCCGAUCCCAUCUGCAGAUCCAAACGACCCUCUAAACUUUAGUAAAUGGAGGAAACUUGGGAUCAUGGUAUGCUGCUGUUGGUUCUCGGUCUUCUCCUUGGUGCUGGUCGCUGGGCUGGGGCCAAUCAUCCCGGUGUUCAUGGACCUCUACAUGCCGCAAGGGUACUCAUCGACUGAGAUCAUCAAUUUGACUACGUAUCCAAGCUUAGUCAUGGCUUGUGGUGCCUUUCUCAUGCUUCCAUUAUCGAUGAUGUUUGGCAGAAGGCCAGUCUUUCUAGUCUGCAGUACCCUUCUACUUGGAACAACCAUUGGCGCUGGAUACAGCCAGACCUUCGAAACACAUAUGGCGAUGCGCAUCCUCCAAGGUUUCGCUACAGGAGCGACAGAAUCCGUGCUUCCACUCAUAAUCACCGACAUCUCAUUCCUUGACGAGCGUGGCCUCUUGUUUGGCGCCUAUUGGGGCACACAGAACCUCAUCAACGCUGUCUUCAUCAUCAGCGGAUCAUACCUCGUAGCAUCCAGCUCGUGGCGCUGGUUCUACUUCACCUUCGCCAUCAUCAACGCCUUCGGUCUGCUCCUCUCUAUCUUCCUCCUCCCCGAGACCCGCUACGAUCGUCCACCUACAUCUUACAACGGCCAAGUCGUACACACAGACGAAUUUGGCGUCACCACAAUCCUCAGCGACGAAGAAGCCGAAGCCCGCUACGGCACUCGCAACCAAACCACCUCUGCGUCAAUCGUCCCACGGAAAACGUCCUACAUCUCUCAACUCUCACCAUGCUCCAGUCCCGCCCCCAACGCCCUCCACCUCGGGCUCGGCGCCCUCACCAAAAUGCUCCAAUCCCUCACCUCCCCCGCCGUCCUCUGGGCCAUCCUCGCCUCCUCCAUCUCCCUCGGCUCCGGAAUCGCAAUCUCCCUCACCUACGCCUCCGUUCUCAUCACCUCUUUCCACUGGUCCCCAUCCUCCACCGGCCUCGUCAACGCCGGCAUCUUCCCCGCCUCCCUCCUCGCAAUGUUCUACGCCGGCUACAUCGGCGACCGCAUCAACCUCUUCCUCGCUCGCCGUCGCAACGGAAAACAUAUCCCCGAAGAUACCCUCGUCAUCCUCAUUUUCCCGAGUAUCGUCUCGGCGAUUGGGAUUGCGGUUUAUGCUUUUACGGCGCAGUCUCCGGAACGUGUGGGGAGUGCUUGGGGUGUUAUUAUGGGGUGGACGUUACAGCAGUUUGGGUUUAUUGUACUAUUGAUUAGUUCGACGCAUUUUGCGGCUGAGGCGUUUCCGGCUAAUCCUGGGAGUGCGUUGGUGAUGGUUGUCGGGAUGAAGAAUGUUGUGUCUUUUGGGGCUUCGUAUGGGAUUGUGCCGAUGGUGCAUAAGUUUGAUUAUUUGACGGCUUAUAUGAUUCUCUUUGGUUUGUUUGUGGGAAUUUUCCUGCUAGGCAUUCCGGUGUAUUUCUUCAAUCCGAAGUGGCGUGCGUAUAUUAGUCGUAGACAAUAGCUACAGUAGUG